CCCUUGGUUAACAUAGAGAUUCUGGGAACAUCAGAAGGUGGGGAGAAAUGAACUAUAUUCUGGUAAUCCGACCAAUUGAACAUAUGCGGUGGUACUUAAUGAAUAUGAUGUCAGUUCGGUUGUCAUCUGAGACAUUCUCAUCAAUGAUAAGAUGACAAACUCUACAGUGGAAAGUCUGCACAUUGUAGUUAUCGGAGUCACAUGGAAUUGUUGUUCAAUUUAAAUGUUUGAAUAUAAAAUGAUUGGUGAAGAGAUGAAAUGUAAUUUUAGCUUCCAAAUGAGAGUUUUGGGUUUUCAUAAGGUUAGGGCUCUGCUCAAUCAGUGGCUUGCCCCUGUGAAGAGACAUGGGUUAUAAAACUUUUCAAACACACCGUUCUCGCUCCACUAUAUAAAGCCUUGAUGAAACUGUAACCUCCUGUUCCAAGUACGUGAGGUCUGCAGCCUCUGCGUUAAAAGGGCAAAUAACUAUCUGUUCCGAGGAUGGUGCAAUUGGUGCAUUACUUAAGUCAACUGUUAAAUCUCAUUGCAAAUGUUUGCACAACAUACUGUUUCGGUGAUAUUUUACACAGAAAAUUGCCUGGGCAAUGAGCAAAAAAACAACGAUUUUAUGUUUGACGGCCAAAUGAUCUGUUGAAAGGUUCUAAUACCGGGGCUGCUGAAGUAACCCCAGUACUGAUAUGUUUUCAGAACACUGAGUCAUGUCUGACUCGGAGACCAUCGAGCUAGCCGCUCUGGGCCGACCCUUCCAGCUGGGGAUGCUGUAUGACUGUCGUAGUGAUGUCCUCAUCCCAGGUAUCACUCUCUGGGAUUCUGAGAUGCUUCAGAAACACAUCAACGUCUGUCCACAACCGAACACCGACUUCAAAAUCAUUGCUUCAGACUCAAGUGAAGCCAAGUCAGAAGCUUUGAAUGUGUCUGCAUCUCUUGAGGCCAGUUUUCUUGGUGGCUUAGUCAGUGUGAAGGGUUCUGCUGAAUUCCUACAUGACAAAAAGACCUCAAAGCGUCAGUCUAGGGUUUCUCUGCAGUACCGUAACACCACUCGCUUCGAGCAGUUGACCAUGGACCACCUGGGGGCAGGAAAUGUGAAACACUGUAAUGUCUUCCAAGAGGGCUCUUCAACCCAUGUGGUGACUGCCCUGCACUACGGAGCCCAGGCCUUCUUCGUUUUUGACCAAGAGGUUUCAUCAGGAGAAAACCACCAGGACAUCCAGGGAAACCUGCAGGCCACAAUAAAAAAGAUCCCUCUCCUGUCAAUAGAAGGGCAGGGAAAUUUGAAGAUGAGUGAGGAAGAGAAGAGAGAGACCAAUAAAUUCAACUGUACCUUCCAUGGUGAUUUUUCACUAGAAAACAACCCCGUCACAUUUGAAGAUGCCAUUAAGGUGUAUGCUGGCCUGUCACGUCUGCUAGGGGAGAACGGAGAACAUGCUGUGCCCAUGACUGUCUGGCUUUAUCCUCUCAAGAACCUGGACUCUGCAGCUGCCCAGCUAGUCAGGCAGAUCAGUGUUAGCCUGGUGCGUCGCGCACAGCAAAUCUUGGACGGACUGGACAAUACUGAUGUACAAUGCAAGGACAUGAUGAAGGAAGAUAUGGCUAUCAAGUUCCCUGAACUCAAAGCCAAGGUCAACAAGUUCAGGGACAUGUGCUCAGAGUACAAGCUGGUGUUCCAGAAAGGUCUCUGUAAGGUUCUUCCCAAAAUAAGAGGAGGAGGAAUGGAGGAGGAAGAGCUGAUCAAAAUGCUCAACAGCAAAGAACGUUCUCCAUUCCAGAAUGACCUCAUGAUCACGUACCUGGACGACAGAGAGAGAGAGAUGAAUGUUGUCAGCUCUUACGUUGACAUAAUGAAAGAGGUACAAGUUGUGUACACAAGCAGUGAAUUGGAUGGAAUAGUGCUUGAUAAAGCUAAUGAUUAUGUAGUGUGUUUUGCAUUAUCCUUUUGA